AUACACGGACUCCCGGAUCAUUAUAGACCCACAUUUUCUUUUCCACUCUUGUAAUCAUCAUAGUUUCAAUCUUUCUGUUCCAAACUAUAAACUAAAAAGACCCCAAUUCAAAAAAAAAAAAUGGCUGCUUUUUCAUACCAGCAACAAAACUCCUAUAUUCUUGAUCCAACACUUUUCUUUCCAAAUCCAACAACCACCGGAACCACCACCAACACCACCACUCCAGCUGCAUGGUUCCCUCACUUCCACCAGCCUCAUGAUCAUUCUUUCCAUGGUCCUCAUUAUGAUCAAGUUGCUGUAGCAAACAAGUUACAAAGCUCAGAUUCUUCAAUGUCAAUGGUUCUUGAUGAUCUGAAAGUUGAGAGUGGCAAUGAGUUCUUGGCAAACAGGAAGGACAAACAAAUGUCUUCUUUAAAUCAAGCUCAAUCUAAAGAUGCAAGCAAUAACAGACUAAGGAAGCAAAAGAAAAUCAAUGAUUGUCAAGAAGAAAAAAAGAAAAAGAAUACAAAGAAAGGUUCUUCUGAAGAAGGGGCAGCUGAGUACAUUCAUGUUAGAGCAAGAAGAGGCCAAGCUACUGAUAGCCAUAGCCUUGCUGAAAGGGUGAGGAGAGAGAAAAUAAGUGAAAGGAUGAAGCUGUUGCAAGCCAUUGUUCCAGGUUGUGACAAGGUAACUGGAAAGGCCCUCAUGUUGGAUGAAAUUAUUAAUUAUGUCCAGUCCCUACAGAAUCAAGUUGAGUUUCUUUCCAUGAAGCUUGCUACUGUAAAUCCCACAUUAUAUGAUUUUGGAAUGGAUAUUGAUACAUUCAUGCUUAAACCUGAUGAGAAUAUAAGCAGCAUGGUACUGCCAAACAUGCCAAGUAUACAACGAUGCAGUCCCAACGGCGGAGCCACCAGCUUUGCUCCGGUGGCGACUAACGUUAACUACAACCACCUGCCACCGUUGAUUAAUGGUUCGUCAGCAACAAAUUCACUGCUGUUUCAACAACCACAGAUGCCAAAUAUUUUAUCUCAGGGAAAUGGACAUCAAUUGUGGGAUGUGAGUGAGCAAAAAUUAAAACUUGACAAUCGUUUUGCUCUCAGCAAUAACUUGAGUUCUUUUCAUUAAUCAUGUGUAUGAAGUUUUAAUGCAUGCAUGGAGAUUAAUCUCAUUAUCAUCGGCUUAGCAAAUAUUUACUUAAAGGUUAUGUGAAUACCACAAAAAAAAA